AUGGUGAUCAACCCGUCAUUACACAGAAUUGGCCAAGCAUCGUUCUUCAUGGUAAUGAUUCAGAUGAUGUGCCCUCCGACCGGCAUAGAAACAAUCUUUAUCUUCACGGCAUUUUCUCUCUGGCUGGGUAUGUUACUUGCCUGGGGCUGGGGCUCUAUCGUCGCGAAAGCAGCCUACGCAGCGCGACCAACUGCAGAUUAUCAGGCUCAACUGCAGAAUUUGCAACAGGUCKCGUCUCAACGUGCGAAUUCAUCCGGCCUACCUGUUGCUACCGAGGCGCAGGCUCUGGUAUAUGAAGGGUAUAUGCUAGACGCUCGUGUGUCCGCGGUCUUUCUGGUUCUUGGUAUCGUUUUUAUCUACUGUGUCUCGCUUCUACGCAUGAAGAACCCGAAAUUCAUCUUCACUCAAAUUUUCGGAAUCAUCAUCACCGACAUCUAUAUGACAACCGGUUCUCUAUUGCCGUCAUUCAAUGGCACUCUGCCAACUUUGAUCAUUGAGCCUGCCUCGAUAGGAUUGGGACUUGCUUUUGUUGCCUCGCUUUUGCUGUUUCCUCAGUCUACGUCUCACGUUACUCUGGACGCAAUGGAAAAAAUUAUAGAUAUGCUCAAGACCCCAUUAAAUAUAACCAAUGAGGGACCGGUGGAGGAAAAGAAAGAAACCCAGGUCCUCGCCGGCUUGAACGCUACAAAGCAAGCUUUGCUUGGUCAAUGGAACGAAUUACAACCAAUGGUUGGAUUUCUCAAGCUCGAUCUUAGCAUUGGUCGGUGGAACGACAAGGAUAUCACAAGCGUGGUGCAAGAUUUGCAAAAGGCAUUCAUCGGGACUAUGAAUCUUUUGAACUUUCAAAUUUCUCGGCUUGGUGGUACGCUUCAAUCUCAGAAAGCACUGGCGUUAGAACCAGCAACUACAGCUUCCUCGGAGGACGAUGGUGAAGAGGCCGGAUCUACAAUGACAUCACUCAGAGAGAAGCUCAAAGGCAACAAGGAUAUUGGUUUCCAUCAAUUGAGCGAAUUCGCUGUAUUUCUAAAAGCCAUCAAUGAUUCGGAUAGUGCUGAAAUACGGAACGAAACUUUGACCAUGCUGCAUGAAAAUAGCACAGGAGUUAUUGAAGCUUCUCUUGAAGCGUUGGAUACGGUCAAGGAGUGUUUCCACACUGUCAAUACUACAAGAAUAUUCAGCCGGCCGUCUCAGGAGACUCAAGAACAGCAUGUUAAACGAAGUGAGGCUGCUUUGAACAAUCUGCGGGUUGCGCGAGCUACGUUUGUCGAGAAGACUACCGAUGAGCUACUGGAGGCUAACGCCGAGUUAUUUGAUGACAAUGGAAAGGUCAAAGCAAUGAAUACUCACCUGCGACACCGUUUCCGCGCUGUGAUGUUCGGCAUGAUAUUCGAAGAACAUUUACUCGGCGUCGUUGAUGGCAUCCUCCCUCUACUUGAAAAUACUGCGUCGCAUUACAAGGACAAGACUCGCACUCGGAUAUGGUUCCCCGCUAGAAUCCGAUCCAUCGCAAAAUGGAUAUUCAGACGAUCUGAAAAGGCUCCUGUUGCUGCGAAUACUCCGUUCGGAGAUCCGGACGAAAUUGUCGAUCAGUCUGAAGUACUUCAAGAUAAAUUAGGAAUUGCUAGAGGCAUUAAGAAAAGACCCGGCUCGAAAUUGGGAAGAGCCAUCAGUAGUUUCUACCGGUUUCUUGUUUCACCUGAUUCACUCUACGCAAUUCGCAUGGUGGUAGUGUCUAUCGCUGUGGCUAUUCCUGCCGUCAUCCCCCAUACAGCUGGAUUCUUCUACAGAGAGAGGGGUCUCUGGGCUCUGAUCAUGGCUCAAACGACUAUGCUCGCUUAUAUGGCCGACUUUACUUAUUCAGUGAUAGGCAGGGCGGUUGGUUCAGUUGUUGGUGGAGUACUAGGCCUUGUAGCUUGGUAUAUUGGGUCUGGUAAUGGCGGUGGAAACGCGUUUGGUUUGGCAGCUAGUAUUGGAGUGAUGCUCGUUCCGAUCCUAUAUGCACGCGUGUUCUUCCCUCGUCAGUUCAUGAUGCCAGUUAUUAUGGGUGCCGCGACAUUUAUGUUGGUGGUCGGAUACGGCUAUGAUUACAACCACGUAGUAGCAUACGGCUUACCCGGCUAUGGAUACACAAUCUUCUGGCGGCGAUUACUCCUUGUUCUCAUCGGUCUCGCAGCCUCAAUCAUCGUGCAGAUCUUCCCACGCCCAGUCUCAGCAACUCGACAUGUCAGUCGCGCGCUCUCAAACUCUAUCCGAACAUUAUGCGAUCACUACGCUCUUCUUCUCUCAUCGCUCGGCGAGGCUCAUAACCCCGGCCUCCAAGACGUCGUGGGACAAUUAUCUAUUCAACUAUCCGCAUCCUUGGGCGCACAGGACAUGCUAAUCGCACUCAUUAAAUUCGAAAUCUCAACCACAAACUUCGACAGCACCGCCCUCCGCAAAAUCAAGACUCUCUGUCUAGAACUCAACUACUGCCUCGGCCGUCUGCUCUAUAUUACCUCCUCGUUAUCCAUCGAAUAUCAGGAACUCCUCUCACGCGAGGUCGGUCUUCGUAGCCACCACGCUAUCGGCGACGUCAUGGCCGUGUUGGGUGUAAUCGAGCAGUCUCUCAAGACCGGCGACGCGCUUCCAGAAGUGCUCCCCACGCCACUAGUGAAAAGAUGUUUUGAUCAUUGGGUCAAAGCCGAUCUUGAUUUGAUUAUGAGCACGACGAAAGCAAAAGAGGAAGAGUAUCGCAAGUUUUGUACGGCGUUGAGUUCGUAUUUGAGGUUUUUGGGGGCUGUGGAUGAUUUGGUGCUGGUGAUGAAGGAGACGUUGGGAGAGGCGCAUGUUGUGUCGAGGGCGUUGCUGCAUCAGAUUUAA